CUCAAAGUUACCGCUGCUCCGUUUCCCAUACGCGGCCUGUCCGUCACUCUGUAGCCGAUUUCUGUCCCUGCUAGCUGCUUGCGAUGUGAGUUUCGUGCGCUCAUAGCGCCCGGCCUCAGUCGCACUUCGCGUUCUCACCCGGCGAUGUCGUCAGCCUGACCAGUCCACUGCCACCUCUGAAAAGCGCCGGCUGCUCCUGGCCAGUCACAGCCUGUUCGCUUUGGCACCUCUGUACAACGCUUUUAUACUCGCACCGCCUUCUUUCAAUUCCUUCCGCGCACAACAACAGACAUCCAUACGAGCCAGCUACCGGGCAAUCUAUAAAUCUGCUUUGAAGAGGUCCCCUUCUGACGAGCCAUACUCUGAAUUUGCUAGCUUCCGUUUGCUCUUGCGUGCCCACUUUCUGUCUAAGCCACCGCGCUAUCGCUUGGGAGCUACAUAUCAAGGCGUUUCGCCCACCACAAAUCUGUGCCCUUCGAUCUUCCAAACCCAGCAAGUCCUCCACCAUGUCCGACUUUAAGACAGGCGAGACGAACGUGACUCCGUCCAACCCACAAGCGCCAGGCCUGUACGCGCUCCCCGCGGAUGCGAAAGCGCAAGCUUGCCUCCCGCCGGUAUGGCCUCAAAUACGCGGUCCCUCCGUCUUCCUUGCCGGUAGCAUUGAGAUGGGCAAGGCUGUUGACUGGCAGACCGAGCUCACUUCCGCGCUGGCGCACAUGCCCGUCACAAUCCUCAACCCGCGCCGUGUCGACUGGGACCAAGGCUGGGAGCAGGACAUCUCCAACAAGGAAUUCAAGGAGCAGGUCGACUGGGAGAUGGACCACUUGAACAAGGCAGAUGUCAUCGCGUUGUACUUCCAGCCGGGAACGUACAGUCCAAUCAGCUUGCUGGAGCUGGGCAUGCACGCCGCCGACUCAAGCAUCGACGGCAAGGGGAAGAAGCUGGUCGUGUGUUGUCCCGAAGGCUUCUGGCGUAGGGGCAAUGUUCAGAUCGUGUGCCACAGAUACGGCAUAGAGCUCGUGGAGACACGUGAGGAGCUUAUUGAGAAGGUCAAGGAGAAGCUGAAUGCUGCCCUCGCCUAUCAGAACUGGCGGUGAACGGCGUCGACCUUCUCUGCUCGAUCCAAGGCUCGAUUGGGGCCUGUGAUAUGGCGGUUUUCCUUCUACAGGUGGUAUGCUCCCGCAUUUCCGUGGCGUUGGGCGAAGAAUUCCCAAACUGAUACCCACGACAAACUACACUUCGGUCUCAAGAGGAUUCAUAGCACAGGACAUGUAGUUCAUGGGCUUGGUAAUAUGGAAAUCAUGCAAUAUUACAUUGAUAGGUGAAUGAAUGGUUUUGCAUGAUGUAAAUCUUGUGCAUCAGUACGGUACAGUAGAGUUGCAUCUCAGGUAUUGCGUGCCUACGAGUCCCUUGUUCUUGUCAACGUGCCAAAGGGGUAUUUUUUUUUACGUAGACUAUGACACCGGCUAACGUAGAGACAAACG